CCCCGCGGUGCGGUCGGUGCCCGGCGUCCCCUGGAGCCGCGAUGGCGGAGCCGGGGCGGGCGCAGCGGAAGCUGUCGCGGGUCGGGGAGAGCCUGUACCGCGUGCUGGGCCUGGAGAAGGGCAGCUCCCCCGAGGAGAUCAAGAAGGCCUACCGGAGGCUGGCGCUGCGCUACCACCCCGACAAGAACCCCGACGACCCGGCGGCGGCCGAGCGCUUCAAGGAGAUCAACAGCGCCCACGCCACGCUGAGCGACGAGGACAAGCGGCGGCUCUACGACCAGUACGGCUCCCUGGGGCUCUACGUGGCCGAGCAGUUCGGCGACGAUGCCGUGCGGCACUACUUCCUCAUGUCCAAGUGGUGGUUCCAGGCUCUGGCCCUCUGCUGCGGCGCGCUCACCUGCUGCUGCUGCUGCUGCUGCUGCUUCUUCUGCUGCGGGACGUGCUGCCCGCCCAAGGAGGACGACUCCUACAAGUACGUCGACCCCAAGGACCUGGAGGCACAGAUGGGCGCGGAGGACAGCGAUCCACAGAUGCCAGUUGUGGCGCAGCCCCCACCCGCCAGCGCACAGCCCCUGCCGUCUGUCAGCACCAAGACCGAGGCGUGAGGCUGGCCUCCAUCCUGCCAGCUUCCCGAGGACUCCGGACAGGGAUCCUACUUUGGGACUGUCACUUUCCAGGACCCCAGUUAGGCCACCUAGGGCAGCUCUUCAGCGUCAAGGUGGCUAGAAUCUCAGGUUAAAUUGGCCAGCAUCACUGCAGAGGUUUUUCUGCCCCUGCUUGAGCGCCAGGGCAAUGCCCCUGUCUCCCAGCACUGGUGACGGAGGCGACCCAGAGCCCUAGCUGCUGCACCCCAUCCGCAGUGCCUCAUCUGCUGCAGUGUUCCCAGCAGCCUGCCCAAGAAAUCACGCAUGGAGACCUCUUUGGGCCAGGCUCGACACUGCAAGAAGUAGCUGUGUCUGAGACCGUUAGCACUGUAACCUCUGGGGCUGGGCUCAGCCCGUUACCUGCCCUCACGGGGGCUCUCCUGAUGGGUGCUGGGUGCCAAAUGCUGCUCGUGGGGUUGGGGUGCUGCCUGCUGUACCCCCUUCCUCUCUGCCCUGCCAUGGCUCCGGGGCGCUGGCUGCACCCCACUCCUGCUGCUAGCAGGCUCCCUGCAGGGCUGGGCCCCGUACAGGCACUUUCCUUGGGUUUUAAUAGAUUUUAUGGGCACUAUUAAAGGACUUUAAAGGAUGACAGAA